AUUCUUUGAGUAUAUAUUGCUCUACAAAGAUGCAGUGAUGUUUCAGAUUGAACAAGUUACAAAGCUUUGCUCGAAGAUUGCUCUGACAGAGCCAUGGGAUCCAUAUGAUAUUCCUGCCAAUUCAACUUAUGAAGAUCAGUACUACAUUGGGGGACCUGGAGAUGAAAUUAUGGUACAGGAAUGGUCUGACAGAAAACCAGCCAGGAAAUUGGAAUCCUGGGUCGGCGUUUACACCGUCAAAGACUGUUAUCCAGUACAGGAAACCUAUUCUAAGAACUACAGUGUGACAACCUCCACUCGCUUCUUUGAUAUACACCUGGGCAUUAGUGACCCCUCAGUGUUUACCCCACCCAGCACCUGCCAGACAGCUCAGCUGAAGAGGAUGAAAGAUGAAUGCUGAUUAUGGACACUGGCUGCCCUGGGCAAACACCUAUUAGCCAAGAGAAUGGUUAUUAAUAGUCAGCUGCUGACAUCUAGCCUGAUUUUUUCAAGCUAAUUGUUGCUCUUUUGGGAAUUUGUAAGUUUUCACUUGAAGGAGCAUAGAAACAUAUAACUAAGUAAAAUAUAUAACACAAAAGAUCUCUUUCAAUCACAUUAAUCUGUUCAGUGAUGCACUUGUAGUAUUAGAUAGUUACCACUAAGAUAAUGUUUCUAGAUACUAUUUAUUUAAGCUGUGGAUUAUUGUCCUUUUGC